AUGGCCAACAAGAAGAAAAACAGCAUCGUCAACAACAAGAAAAACAGCAGCGUCAACAACAAGAACAACAGCAUCGCCAUCAAGAACAAAAACAGCAUGGCCAACAAGAAGAAAAACAGCAUCUCCAACAAGAAGAAAAACAGCAUUUCCAACAAGAAGAAAAACAGCAUCGCCAUCAAGAAGAAAAACGGCAUCGCUUACAAAAAGAAAAAUAGCAUCGCUUACAAAAAGAAAAACAGCAUCUCCAAUAAGGAGAAAAACAGCAUCUCCAACAAGAAGAAAAACAGCAUUUCCAACAAGAAGAAAAACAGCAUAGCCAACAAGAAGAAAAACAGCAUCUCCAACAAGAACAAAAACAGCAUCUCCAACAUGAAGAAAAACAGCAUCCCCAACAAGAAGAAAAACAGCAUCCCCAACAUGAAGAAAAACAGCAUCUCCAACAAGAAGAAAAACAGCAUCACCAUCAAGAAGAAAACGGCAUCGCAAACAAAAAAGAAAAACAGCAUCACCAACAAGAAGAAAACAGCAUCGCCAUCAAGAAGAAAAAACGGCAUCGCUUACAAAAAGAAAAACAGCAUCGCUUACAAAAAGAAAAACAAUAUCUCCAUCAGAACAAAAACAGCAUCGCCAACAUGA